AUGAAGCCCAGCGAACUUGUGGAUCGUUGCAUAGAAUGCUACAAGUCGUUCCAGCCCAACAAGAUGACGCUGGACUCGCACCUCGAGCUUUUCCUGGCUCAGAUAGAUUGCUCAGAUGAAGGAGACGCAGUCUUCAUCAGGCAGGUGGUGUACGGGUCCAUGCGGUACAAGAAACUUAUCAAGGUGUUGCUCACUGCCCUCUACUUCAAGCACGGAACAGAAGUGAGCAGAGAAGACUACAACCUCUACAUGGUCUUCGCUUACAUCACCCUGAUCCGCCUUGAGGACAUGAGCGUGCCCAUCUUUCGACGGUUCGUCUUUGCGCAGGAUGCCCAGAAGAUGUUCGUCUUCCUCUCCUUCCUCUUCAACGCGCAGACGCUCAACAAAUGGAUGAAGGAGGAGUGGUGCAGGCUUUACGACGAGCAGUUCGUGGAGGACGAGCUGAUCGCAAAGCUGCUGAGGAAUCUGCCGGAGGUGUCGGACAUCAUCGAGAGGCUGCGGGACCUCGCGUCGACCAAGGACGAGGAUGACAUCGGUGAGGGAGACAAGGUGAAGAGGCAGCUCCCGACCACCAAGGUAGAGCCCUUCAACCUCUCCAAGCCCCGGCCGAGAAUGCUUCCAGAGCCGUUUGCUAUCAAGCUUGAGAACCCAUACAAGAAGCCGAUCCCCGAGUCCGUGAAGAAUCCAGAUGGGGACGGGACGCUGAAGAAGGUGGAGGAGGCGAGAAAGAAGGCCCGGGAGGAGACGCUGUCGAAGCACUCAAAGUCCAAGGGGCCAGAGCUAGAGAUUGAGAAGCUCUCGUCGAAGAAGGUGGUACGUGCGGGCAAGUACAAGGAUGCUCUGGCUCAGGAACAUGAGAAGCUGCUGGAAGAACAGACGAGAUUCAUUCCUCCUCAGCCCACAAACCCGCAGCCGGCUCUCAAGGCGGCCGAGAACUCCUCCAUCCGGCUCAACACGGCGGCGGUACUGAGAGAAGACGCGCUGUUCCGGAAGAAGCAGCAGGAAGAAGCAGCGCUGAUUAAGAAGUACGAGAGCGAAUUGCGAGACGACAGCGAGUACUACGAGUGGCAGGCGAGGAUGAGACAGGAGGACGAGCUGAGGCGGCUGCAAGAGAUCGAGCAGCGGAGGGUCCAGAUGAUCCUGACCGACCAGAACGCCAAGGAAGCAAGGAUUCAAAACGAGCGGGAGAAUCAAAAGUUCGCUGCGGACAUGCGGAAGGAGGCGGAGGCGUUCAGAGCGAUGUCGAGGGCUGAGAGGGAGCAGCUGCUGCAGGAGAAGCGUUUGCUGGUAGACGACGUGAAGGCUGCAGAGAAGAACGUCAGACCUGCGAUAGAGGCUGUGCUGGAAGCGAAGACGAUGCUCGGCAUCGAACUGCGAGAAGAGUCGAAGAGACUCGAGGAGGAGGCCAAGGCAAAGCGAGCCAAGGAGGAGGAGGAGAGGAUGGAGAUCGUGCGGCAGAUCCGUGCUCUCGAGAGUGUGCCGGUGGACCGGACUGUACAGUUCGAUCCGACGAGCGUGAGCGAGAGCUCGCGGCAUGUGCUGGAGGCAAUGUCGAUGGCAGAGUUGUUGGAGCGACUGGAGAUGGUGAAGCAGCAGGCGAAGGAGCAGGAGGAGGAGCGGAGGAAGGAAAUCAUCCUGACCAAGCAAGCGCGAGAAGAAGAUCUCGUCACAAGAGUCAAGACGAUCCAUCAGGUCCGUGAGAUCCGCAAGAAGGAUGCCAAGGAGCAGCGGAUGCGGAAGCUGAAGAAGGCAGAAGAGGAGAAGGAGCUGCGGCUGCGAGUGCGCAACGAAGCCCAAUUGAAGCUGCAGGAGGAGAUCGAGAUGAAGAGGAAGGCGAGGAUAGAGGAGGACGAGAAGCUGCGCAAGGAGAUGGAGAUGAUCGAGAUCAAGAAGCAGUUCCUCGCUGCCGGAGCUGCGCAGAUGGAGGAGAAGAAGUUUCGCGACCUGGAGGCAGGAGCAGAGCGGAAGCUUCGGGACCGGCAGGCGCGGGAGAGGCUGGAGCAUCAGGCAUACCUGGCGUCCAUGCAGGAGGAGGAGAAGAACCGCAAGAAGGUGCUGAAGCUGCGGGAGAAGACGAGGAAGGAGUUUGUGCGGGAGUACGACGAGAGGGUGAGGGAAGGCGUCGCUGCGAUGGUGGAUGCCUUAGCAACGACUCAUGCGGAGAAGCGAAGGAUUGUAGAGCAGACGAGAGACUUUGAGAGCACCCUCAAGGAUAAGCAGGGUCAUCCCGGCAUCGAUGGCUCCGACGGGCUCAAGGGACGGAACGGCUACGCUGGGGCCAAGGGAGAGACUGGAAACCCUGGGCCGAUGGGACCCCCGGGACCUCCUGGACCCAACGGCAUGCAAGGACAGAUCGGAGUUCCGGGCCCUCCAGGGCUGCAGGGGCCGCCGGGACUUCCGGGACCGCAGGGUCAAGACAUACAGGCGUGUGCAGGCGGGGUAUCGCCGACAACCUAUACGAGACUCAUCGAUUGCAACUCGUUGGGAUGCCGGCUCGAGGUUCAGCACAACAUGGUGUGGGGAACAGUUUGCGAUCAGGGAUGGUCGCAGUCUAACGCGGAGGUUGUCUGCCGCUCCAUGGGUUUCACCGGUGGGCGUUCGGUCUUGCAAUUCGGCGAGAAGAUCGUCUCCGACCCCAACAAGCACAUGACCAACGUCAAGAGCAUCCUCAGCGCUCGGAACCUCCGCAGCUCGCACCUCAAGGGCUCCUUGGUCCCCUCCCGCUCCUCUGUCCGUGACGACCUAGCCGAUAGGAGCACUGCUCACGUCGAGCUGGGGAGAAGCUACCGCGGGCUGCCGUACCGGACAGAAGAGGUCUUAUGAGAUAGCUCGAUC